AGCGGAGCCUCGGCCAGCUUCCGCGAGAGGCUGGUGCUGGGCGCAUCCUUGUCUGUCCGCAGAGUGGACUGAGCUGGGAGCCUAGCGCAACCGGGAGGCGGGCGAUGGGGGCAGGUGCUGCCGGCCGCGCCAUGGACCGGCCGCGCCUGCUGCUGCUGCUGCUCCUCGGGGUGUCCCUUGGAGAUGCUGGUGAGCUAUGCUCCACGGGCAUAUACACUCAAAGUGGAGAGUGCUGCAAAGCCUGCAACCUGGGCGAGGGUGUGGCCCAGCCCUGCGGAGUCAACCAGACCGUGUGUGAGCCCUGCCUGGACAGCGUGACUUUCUCCGACGUGGUGAGCGCCACGGAGCCCUGCAAGCCGUGCACCGAGUGCGUGGGUCUGCAGAGCAUGUCAGCACCAUGCGUGGAGGCUGACGACGCCGUGUGCCGCUGCGCCUACGGCUACUACCAGGACGAGGUGACCGGUCGCUGCGAGGCGUGCAGCGUGUGCGAGGCGGGCUCAGGCCUGGUGUACUCAUGUCAGGACAAGCAGAACACCGUGUGCGAGGAGUGCCCCGACGGCACGUACUCCGACGAGGCCAACCACGUGGACCCGUGCCUGCCCUGCACGGUGUGUGAGGACACCGAGCGCCAGCUGCGCGAGUGCACGCGCUGGGCGGACGCUGAGUGCGAGGAGAUCCCUGGCCGUUGGAUUACCCGGUCUACACCAACAGGGGGCUCAGACAGCACAGCCCCCAGCACCCAGGAGCCUGAGGUACCUCCAGAGCAAGACCUCGUAGCCAGCACGGUGGCAGACAUGGUGACCACGGUGAUGGGCAGCUCCCAGCCAGUAGUGACUCGAGGCACCACUGACAACCUCAUCCCUGUCUAUUGCUCCAUCCUGGCUGCUGUGGUUGUGGGCCUCGUGGCCUACAUCGCCUUCAAGAGGUGGAACAGUUGCAAACAGAAUAAGCAAGGAGCCAACAGUCGGCCAGUGAAUCAGACACCCCCACCGGAGGGAGAGAAGCUCCACAGCGACAGCGGUAUCUCUGUGGACAGCCAGAGCCUGCAUGACCAGCAGCCCCACUCGCAGACGGCCUCAGGCCAGGCCCUCAAGGGUGAAGGAGGCCUGUACAGCAGCCUGCCCCCGGCCAAGCGUGAGGAGGUGGAGAAGCUGCUGAAUGGCUCUGCCGGGGAGACCUGGCGGCACCUCGCGGGCGAGCUGGGCUACCAGCCCGAGCACAUAGACUCCUUCACCCAUGAGCCCUUCCCUGUCCGUGCCCUGCUUGCCAACUGGGCUGCCCAGGACAGCGCAACCCUCGAUACCCUCGUGGCUGCCCUGCAGCGCAUCAAGCGACCUGACAUUGUGGACAGCCUGUGCAGCGAGUCCACAGCCACAUCCCCGGUGUGAGCCUACCUACUGGGGAGCCCCUGCCCUGCCCCCACAUUCCAACGACUGAUGCUCCAGCCAGUCCCCGUGGAGCCUGUACACCCAGGGAUGGGCCAGCAGUCAGAGCUGAGCUCCUCUGUGUAGGGCCUCCAGGCCCAGGACCCCAAACCACAGCUCUGUCACUGCCCCCAGGGUGGUCCCCUUGCUUCUGAUCACACACCCUCUCCAGGGAGAGAUGGACCCCACCUCCACCCACAGUGCCCUGCCCCAUCCCUGUCUCAUGUCUUUCCUCCCUUUUCCCACUGCUGGGUGGGCCAGUCCCUCCUACCUUAGCAGGUGACAGAUUCCAGGGCUGACACCAGGGAUGGUAUUGGGGGCGGUGAUGAGGCCCCAGAGACUCAGAGGAACCAGAGCCAUGGACUCUACACUGUGAA